UGUCUUCACUUACCGUGGCAGUGAACUAAGCUAAACGCCCAGAAGAAAGCUGUGUGGGAUUGGGAUAUUCGUUUAAGAAGCUGCAGUUUCAGGAUGUUGCUGAAGGUGAAAUGCAAUGGUAUCAAGAAGUACAUCAAAUUGCCCUCAGGCUUCACCUAUUCAGAAUUCAUCAGGGAAGUCAAAAACAAGUUUGGGCUUCCUGAUGUAGCUCAACUUGACAUUUUUGAUGAUACUGACACAGCAGUAGAGGAAGACAUUCUUCUAGAGCUGUUGGAGGCCAAUCCAGACAUGUGCCUGACAGUAUGUGACAGCAUGUCCAAUGAAGACUUUUCUCCUCUAGAUCAUUCAACAUCAUCUUCCCUCACGGACACCAUAUCACUUCCUUCAAGUGACAGUGACCUUAGAGAACUGGGUAUGACCACAGGCAGAAAUAGAUCCAGCAAAGAAGACAUGAGCAGUUCUGCAACAAAGGCUUCCGUGUCAGAGGCGGCAAAGGAGAUUGUAGAAAAUGCCUUGCUUAAGAAGCCUGGAGGAGAGGAUAUUCUUGAGGAGUACAAGUCAGAAAAUUCACUAAUGCACCGCACUCGGAGACAGCUUGUCAACAUAUUGGCGAGUGAUAUGACUGAGAGACAUGGCAGGAUUCCUUCCCGUCAGCAGAAGGAGAAGUAUGCUCUGGGAAUUAUUACUCUCUUUCCCUCACUGAAGGAUCCUUUUUCUCCAAAGGGCUAUGAGCAUUUCUAUGAUGGGGAAAGAGGAACUGGAUAUUUAGCGUGGCGCCUCAAAACCAUUUCCAGGACUUCAGCAAAACGGCCAGUCAAAGAAGUCUCAGUGCAUCAAGCACAAGGACCAAAGCGCCAAAGAUCAGCAACCACACUGCCUCAGCAGCUUGAUGGAGAUGCCUGCAGGGAGGCCAUUUCAUUUCUUGUUCACUCCCCUGAUGAAGCAAGUGUAUUUCAGAAGAUGAAGAUGACGUUUCAACAUCGUCAGGACCUAGUGCAUGACCCACAAAGAAGCACAGAUGUCUUCAAAACAUUUCCACGCUUUUUAGAUGUCAAAGGACUUGUGAAUCAAGACUUCCUCCUGCUGUUUGGUGCUGAAACAGCCUCCAAGAUGCUUGAGAAGUGGGACACCUCAUUCAAGCUCAAGGUCAUCAAAGAGGCCAAACAACUGACUCCGACAACUGAGCUGUGCCGACUUCUAAAAGCUGCUGAGAAACUUGCAGAGAACGAUGAAACGGACUGGGACAGUGACAUCGCUUCCAUGCUGCUUCUUCUCUAUCUCUUGCCACCCACAGCGGGACGGAAGAGGACCAAAAUAAGUCCAAGUGCUGCAGUGGAGAAAAUGGUGCACUUUCAUAAGUCAUGCUGCAGCAUCAAUGAAUAUCUGCAGGAAAGGGAGACUAAACAACCAUACAUCCUUGCCGUUGGCCGAACCCAGAAGGCGAUUGAUACCUUCUACAUCGUCGUUGACAAACAGCUCAUCCUCUGCCAAGCCACCAGCUCGUUGGGUGCUUUUGAUGAACUGUUUAAAUCCCACUACGUGUUCAACUUGUCUUAUGAUGAGUCCCUGGUCCAUUUCUACACUUUUCUGCAGACAACGGUCUACAACAUUGAUGCUACCACAACAGAUGAGUCUCCAAGAGUUUGUGAGUUGCGGGCAAAACUUUUGAAUGACAUAUGA